AUGUCUAAAGUGGUAUCCGAAGCAGAAAAGAUUAUUGAGUUUGAUCCAAUUUUGCCAGACAAAGAAAUAAUAUCGGCGUUUAUACUAGCCGCCACUCUUUUAUACCGAUAUGGCGACUGCUACCGAAAUCACAUAUUGGUUACAGUGUCUGUCUUAACAGCAUGGUACUUCUCAUUUGUUAUUAUGUUCAUUUUACCAUUGGAUGUUUCUUCAACUGUCUAUAGACAAUGUCUAGAUAAUGCAACUCAUAUUGUUACACCUGGGCCUCAUCCAACAAAUGCUACAACAGCAGCUCCACCAACCAAUCUGUGUCAAAAGCCAUGGAGUUAUGUACCAGAUAGUGUCUUUCCUAAUCUCUGGAGGGUUGUAUAUUGGACGUCACAGUGCUUGACAUGGCUUAUAAUGCCGAUGAUGCAAUCAUAUAGUAAAGCUGGAGACUUUACAGUGAAGGGAAAACUAAAAUCUGCAUUGGUUGACAAUGCUAUUUACUAUGGCUCAUAUUUAUUAAUUUGCGGUAUCCUACUUAUAUACAUAGCAUUAAAGCCAGGAGUAUAUUUAGAUGGUCCUAAAAUCAAAGCCAUAGCAUCAUCAGCGAGUAACACUUGGGGCUUGUUUCUUUUAAUAUUACUUCUGGGCUAUGCUCUUGUUGAAGUACCAAGGAACUUGUGGAACAAUUCUAAGAAAAAUUACACUUUAAAUUAUAGUUACUUUAAAGUAGCUAAAUUGAGUACUGACAAAUGUGAAGCAGAAGAAACAAUGGAUGAAAUAUUAGAGAGCUUAAAUUCGGUUACUGCAGCAGUUGGUCCUGGACAUCCUUUAUACAGACAUGUAGAAACAAUUGUCCAAAAGCUCCCAAUACAACUGCGGGAUAAAUUAAAUUCAAGAGCGCCACCUGAAAGGCCCUCACCACCCUCAUUUAAGUCACUUGUCAAUUUACAUAAGAAGACCAUCAAGGCACUACAUGUGUUACAAAGAACAGAAACUCAAUGGGGUUUGAUGUUGGAACGCAUAUUUCAUUUAGAAGAUAUCGCAGCAAACUCUCGCUCGCCUGACCAUAGGUUUCAGCACACAUUCCAUACUCCAAGGCCGAGGUUUCAACGUCUAUUUUAUCCUCCUAUUGUUGAAUGGUACUGGGAAUGCUUUAUCAAACAGUAUUUCCUGAAGACAAUGGCGGUAGUAACGUGCAUACUGUCGGUGGCCGUCGUGUGGUCUGAAGUGACGUUCUUCUGUAAGAAGCCCGUGCUAUCAAUAUUUGCAAUGAUAGUGAACUCGGCAAGAGAUACCUAUAAUUAUGCUGCUAUUGUGUCAAUAUCAACCCUCAUUAUCGCAUACAUGUUCUACUGCGCGUACUCAACAGUACUGAAGAUCAGGGUUCUCAACCUGUACUACCUGGCGCCUCACCACCAGACCAACGAGUACAGUUUGAUAUUCUCUGGCAUGAUGGUGUGCAGGUUGACUCCGGCUAUGUGCUUGAACUUCCUCAGCUUAGUUCAUAUGGACUCGCAUGUUAUUAAGGAGAGGAUUAUGGAAACUUAUUAUACGCAGAUAAUGGGACACAUGGAUGUGUUAGGCAUCAUAGCGGAGGGUUUCAACAUAUACUUCCCCAUGCUGGUAGUACUGCUCUGUCUCGCUACAUACCUUUCCCUUGGAAGCCGCCUGCUAUCGUUAUGUGGAUUCCAACAAUUUGUAGGAGACGAUGAACUGACUACUGACCUGGUUGAUGAAGGACGGGAAAUUAUUAAACGUGAGAAGCGCAGACGCCAACGCGUGGAGGAGUCGAUAGCGCGCCGACGCGACUACAACGAGCGCUUCUCCAACUACACCACGAGAGACAACCAAGAUGGAGCCCGCACCGGGCUCCUGCACGACGUGGACGCAGACUACUACGUGAGCGACCGCGCGCACCCGGCGCCCAGGGACGACGAGUUCGACGCGCUGCCCGCCGUGCGCCGCGACAUGACCAUGCCCCCUAGAGGGCUGUUUGAUGAUGUU